UUGUGAAGCAGAGUCCACCUUUACCGUAGUGGCGUUACUGUUAAAUAAUAACAUAUUUAUAUAUCCAGUAAGGAAAGAUGUCCGUCGCUUGCCUGAGCCGAAAUGUUUUGGCAUUAAGGAACUCUGGAAUGAUGGUGAUGGUGCGGUAUGCUCAGACCGCAGCCGCUCCGGCUCCAGAACCCAGGAUCAAGAAGUUUCAGGUUUACCGCUGGGACCCUGACACCCCGGGGGACAAACCCCGAAUGCAGACAUAUGAUAUUGAUCUCAACACCUGUGGUCCAAUGGUUCUGGAUGCGCUUAUAAAGAUCAAGAAUGAAAUGGACCCCACUCUCACAUUCAGACGUUCCUGCCGUGAGGGUAUCUGCGGCUCCUGUGCCAUGAACAUAAAUGGAGGAAACACACUGGCGUGCCUUAACAAAAUUGACAAAAACACCAGCAAACCCACCAAAAUCUACCCACUGCCACACAUGUAUGUCGUCAAAGAUUUAGUGCCCGACAUGAGCAACUUUUAUGCACAGUACAAAUCCAUCGAGCCGUACCUGAAGAAGAAGGACGAUAGUCAGGAGGGGAAGCAGCAGUAUUUCCAGUCAGUGGAGGACAGGCAGAAACUGGAUGGUCUAUACGAGUGCAUCCUGUGUGCUUGCUGCAGCACCAGCUGCCCCAGCUACUGGUGGAAUGGAGACAAAUAUCUGGGACCUGCGGUCCUCAUGCAGGCGUACCGAUGGAUGAUUGACUCCCGGGAUGAAUUCACAGAGGAACGUCUGUCUAAACUUCAGGACCCCUUCUCUCUGUACCGCUGCCACACCAUCAUGAACUGCACUAAGACGUGCCCCAAGGGUCUCAACCCGGGAAAGGCCAUCGCAGAGAUCAAGAAAAUGAUGGCGACCUACAAAGAGAAGAAGGCGGCAGCUUUGUGAACGACUGCAACAUGAAAGUGGCUCCAGAUCUAUUCCUGAUACCUCAAACCGAGUUGAGACAAAGAGAUGAGCCGACCUCAAGCUUUUUGCUACAUUAGCACUUUCUAUGAUAUUGAUGAGUGUCUGAGGUGUGUGUGUGUGUGUGCAAAUGUGUGCGAGUAUGCAGGUGUGUGUGUGUGUGUGUGUGUGUGAAGGUAAAUGAAAUUCUGUAAAAACAAGCAAACGGCAUAUAUGCUGCGACACUAUGGACCACAGUUGUGCCGUUUGCCUGCAGAGCUGAAGCUUCAGACUAACACGACGCUGUAGUUAGUCGUGUAUCAUUAAGUUAUGUAUCUCUGGAGCUCUGUAUGGCGGUCACGUGGAUGUUGAAGAAUAAAGAAUAAACAA